GUUGUGUCAAUAAGUUUAAGGUGGAGAGAGCAAGGCUGGGGGUGGUGGUGGCGGGGAGGAGGAAGGCCUUGGCUGUUUAAAGUCUCCUUUCUGAAGGUCACUAUCAUAUGACAAAGGCUUUGCCGCAGUUCAUCUUCUUCCAGUGUACUUUCCAUUUGCCUUCCUGGAAUCCUGCUGCAUCACGGAAGCUGGGAGUUCUGAUGUUCCAUUGACAUCACAAUGGAAAGUCUUGACCUGACCGGCACCCUCAGGAAGACCCCAAGCCUCUAGCGGUACCUGGUAUCAUCUCCAGCAUGUUUAUAGAUGUGGAGGAUUCACUGGGAUAUUGACAAAUACCAGAAGCGAACUGUACCACUGUAGUCACAGUAAUGAAAGGCAGUAAUAGAAAUAAAGAUCAUUCAGCAGAAGGAGAAGGGGCUGGAAAACGACCAAAGCGGAAGUGUCUUCAGUGGCAUCCACUGCUGGCCAAGAAACUUCUUGACUUUUCAGAAGAGGAGGAGGAGGAAGACGAAGAGGAGGAUCUUGAUAAGGUUCAACUUCUUGGGGCUGAUGGCCUAGAGCAAGAUGUUGCUGAGACUGAAGAUGAUGAAUCACCAGAGCAGCGAGCCCGGAGACCAAUGAAUGCAUUUCUCUUAUUUUGCAAACGCCAUCGCUCCCUUGUCCGUCAGAAACACCCCAGGCUUGAUAACCGAGGUGCUACCAAGAUACUGGCUGAUUGGUGGGCUGUUCUUGAUCCAAAGGAAAAGCAGAAAUACACAGACAUGGCCAAGGAGUAUAAAGAUGCAUUUAUGAAGGCAAAUCCUGGCUACAAAUGGUGUCCUACCACAAACAAGCCUGUGAAGUCCCCAACACCCACUGUCAAUUCACGAAAGAAACUAUGGGCCUUCCCAUCUGACUCUUCAAGAGACUUGCCAAGCCCCAAGAAAGCAAAGACUGAAGAAAUGCCUCAACUUAACUUUGGAAUGGCCGAUCCUACUCAAAUGGGAGGACUGAGUAUGCUGCUUUUAGCUGGAGAACAUGCGCUUGGCACAUCAGAGAUGUCCUCUGGCUCCUGCAGGCCUGAUGUUUCAGAAUCCCCUGAAUUGCGUCAGAAGUCACCAUUAUUUCAGUUUGCUGAGAUAUCUUCAAGUACAUCCCACCCCGAUGCUCCUUCAAAACAGUGUCAAGCAUCAGCCUUGUUUCAGUUUGCAGAGAUUUCUUCAAACACUUCGCAGUUGGGUGGUGCCGAACCUGGAAGACGCUGUGGAAAGUCUGCACUCUUUCAACUAGCAGAGAUGUGCCUGGCAUCAGAGGGGGUGAAAAUAGAAGAAUCCAAGCUAAUAAAAACAAAAGAAUCAGAUGGCGGAAGAAUUAAAGAAUUGGAGAAGGGGAAGGAAGAAAGAGAGAUAAAAAUGGAGAAAACAGAUGAAGCCAGAUUACAGAAGGCAGCAGAAUUUGAAAAAUCUUUUAAGGAAAAUGUAAAAGAUUCUAAGGAAUUAAGAAAUUUUGAGGAGCUGCAAAUGGAUGAUAUAAUGGCUAUAAAAAUGGAAGAUCCCAAAGAAAUUAAAAAGGAAGAAUUAGACAAAGAUCAAAAGUAUAGUCAUUUCUCUGAUUUUUCUUACUCUGCCAGUAGCAAGAUAAUAAUAAGUGAUGUUCCCAGUAGAAAGGAUCAUAUGUGCCAUCCUCACGGGAUUAUGAUCAUUGAGGACCCCACAGCAUUAAACAAGCCAGAGAAGCUAAAAAAGAAAAAGAAGAAAAGCAAAAUGGAUCGACAUGGAAAUGAUAAAUCCACACCCAAGAAGACUUGCAAAAAGAGGCAGUCCUCAGAGUCUGACAUCGAGAGUGUCAUAUACACCAUUGAAGCUGUCGCAAAGGGAGACUGGGGCAUUGAGAAACUUGGAGAAACCCCUCGCAAGAAGGCACGUACAUCCUCAAGUGGCAAGGGAAACGUUUUGGAUGCCAAGCCACCAAAGAAAAAAGUGAAAUCAAGAGAGAAGAAAAUGUCAAAGGAGAAAUCCUCAGACAUCACCAAAGAGUCAAGACCUCCAGAUUUCAUCAGUAUUUCUGCCAGCAAGAACAUUUCUGGUGAGGUGCCGGAGGGUAUAAAAGCAGAACCAUUGACCCCCACAGAGGACGUAUUACCACCCAGCUUAUCAGGACAGGCCAAGCCUGAGGACAGUGAGUGUCACAGAAAAAUAGAGACUUGUGGCUCCCGGAAAUCCGAGAGGUCUUGCAAAGGUGCUCUUUAUAAAACCCUGGUGUCUGAGGGCAUGCUCACCUCUCUGAGAGCUAAUGUUGACAGAGGGAAACGAAGCUCAGGAAAAGGAAACUCUUCAUUUAGCCCAAGUGGGACCAGUGGGAGCAAGAAGUUCAAGAAGACAAAGCCAAAGGAAGACUCUCUCCUUGGCUCAGCAAAGCUGGAUGAAGAAUUUGAAAAAAAAUUCAACAGCCUCCCUCAAUAUAGUCCUGUUACAUUUGACCGGAAAUGUGUACCUGUCCCAAGAAAAAAGAAGAAGACUGGAAGCAUGUCCUCAGAACCGACUAAAACCAGCAAAGGUUCUUUCCAGUCUCAGAAAAACUUAUUCCACAAAAUUGUCAGCAAAUAUAAGCACAAAAAGGAGAAGCCUAAUGUUCCAGAAAAAGGAAGUGGGGAUAAAUGGUCAAACAAGCAAUUCUUCUUGGAUGCCAUUCACCCUACAGAAGCCAUAUUUACAGAAGACAAAAACACCACAGAGCCUGCUUAUAAGGUUAAAAAUGCCCCAUCCAUUCCCAACACUCCAGAGCCAACAGCAACGCAAGAACCCCUGGUGGGCAGCCAAAAGAGAAAAGCAAGGAAAACCAAGAUCACACACCUGGUCAGGACAGCAGAUGGCCGGGUGUCACCAGCAGGAGGUACUUUGGAUGACAAACCAAAGGAACUGCAGAGGAGUCUCCCUAAAGUCACUGAGACAGGCUGCCAUGACGCGUGCGCACACAGCAGCGAGGCCGCGGAGACACGGAGCAGCACUCCCGAGAUGCCUGCCGUGUCUGCAUUCUUCAGUCUGGCUGCGCUGGCUGAAGUGGCCGCCAUGGAAAACGUGCACAGAGGUCAGAGGUCAACUCCGCUCACCCACGAUGGACAGCCAAAAGAAAUGCCACAGGCUCCUGUACUUAUUUCCUGCGCUGACCAGUGAAGCGCCCUUCAAUUGUAAAACAUUGUGCUUUACCUACUACCCUAGCCUUGUCUUUACCGAGGGAUGCUAGUGAGUUCAUGUGGUGGGAAAUAUAGACUGCAAACAAGUGCUUGUUGCCCUACAUGGCCCAGAUUCACUUGAAGCAGAAGUUAGCCUCCUGGGCCCAUUUGUUUGUUCAGAACCCAGAGUCUUUGUGGGUGAUGUUCUCUGUCUGAUCAUGAGCAGAAAUGGAAUGAUCCUGGAGCUUUGCUUUCUAUUGAAGGCUGUUGACGGUAAUAGGUGGUAACUUGGUAAAAGACUGCCUUUACUGUAGCUCAUCCAGCAGCUCUUUUACCAACCAGAGAGUGUGAAACUAGUUUCAUAUAUUACCUAGUUAUUCUUUCAAAACAAAAACAAAAAAACAAAAACAAAACUGACGCACUGCACUAGUUAUUAUUAGAUAUUCUUAGUCUUUUUGUACAUGGAGAUUUAAGUUCUAAGAUGGUUUAUAUAAUAGGUUAUACCUACAUUUAUAUUGUAGAAUAAUAUUAAAAAGCCUGUUCCGAGACUCCCACGCAGCAUGGGCAGGCAGAUGUACCAUUGUUAGCGGUGUAUGCUCGGCCUCGUGGUCCAUAUAUUCUGCACUUUUAUAUUUGCCACCAGAGCGGUAGUUUGCUGGCAAAAAAAAAAAAAAGAGAGAGAGAGAGAAAGUACAAUUCUUAACAAGCUGAAUUUUUUUCUUAGCCUUGAGUGACCAAGAAUAAUUUGCUUGGGGCAAAUUGUGGCAAAUAUUUACCUGGACAGGGGAAGAGUCCUACAGAUUACAGAUUUCUGAUGUUUUCAUGCCUUGAGGAUUCUUUUAUUUUUACACAGGGGUCUAAGUGGGUCUAAGUGACCAAUGGAUCGUUCAUACAAACAAACAAAAAAAAGAGAAAAAUAUUAUUCAGAAGUGACCUUAGUAUUACUUCACUAUUCUGAACACAUUGAAGACACUCACUUCAUGUGGACCUGGAGCCACAGACCUUUCCAUCCAUCCCAGACAGACUGGACGGGUAGCAAUUGCUAUGCACAGCCUCGCUGGCGCUGCAGGUGUUUAGAGCCAUUUCGAGUUUGUGUUGUUAAGGAGGUAUUGAGUCACUGAUACCGGAGGUAUGCCUGAACAGAGUGGGACUCAGUCACAGGCCCACCUGCAAGUUUCUGUUUCCUUUCUGUGUUUUGUUGCUUUUGAACAUAAAACCCACCAUACAUAUGCCAGUGCCAAGUGGAUUAACUGGCUUUGAACAUUCAACAUAUUGACUUAACCACCUGAUGUUCACAGUGUCUUGUUUCCUAGCAACAGAUGCAAAGUGAUAAAUCCAAAUUAGUCAGAGGCUACAGAUUUUACAGGGUAUUUCUUCCAUAGCACAAAGUAUCUCCCCACUCUUGCAUUGCAGCACAAACUACCAAAUUUCAAUGAUUGGAUUCCAGCAAUAAUUUUUAUUGGUUUUCAAACUGGCGGGAUUUUGAUAGUGUUAGUUCAGGUUUGAAGCUUUUGAAUUAGAUCUCUAAAUGGUGACAGUUUACAGGUUUUAUCUAGCUUUCUUAUUUAUACUUGACUGAAUUGUAAUGAUGAUUUUUUUCUAAUCGUAAUUUGACCUAAUAGCCAUAUAAAAAGUGACUCUAUUAAUACUGACUAGGUUUAGCUUUUCAUGGUUGUAGAUAUUACUUCAGUUUCGGUGCUGGAAAAUAUGUACAACAUACUAACAGAAUGGAAGACUCUAGAGGGGUUUUUUCAAAGCAGGUAACGAGGGCAGUAGAGCAUUGGUGUGACAUUCUCAAAGGUGCACACUCAUUGUGCAUCUAUGGAGGAAGAAGGAAUUAGUAAGCAAGGUUAAUCAGCUUUUAUAGCUUAACCCCAGUCACAUAGAAAUAAAUCAGGUGAGCAGCCCCAAAUUUCAGCAUAGCCUUUUUACUACGAUGCUGUUUUAUUAAUGUUUUCUAAAUCUCAAAACACAAAUUGAAUGUUUGGAAAUUGCUGGGUCCCAGUGUUGGUGGCUGUUAGAGGAGUUUUUGGACCACUUGCUAGCAGUGAUUUUAAAAUUAUUAUUAGCUAAAAUCCAAAAAAAUAAACCCAAACAAACCAACAACAAAAAUUGUGUGGUGCAGAACAUGCAUCUUGACAAUGGUACUAACUUGUUAUUCUAUAGAACAUGUUAGAAUAGGUCUAUUUUUGCCAGAGCACCCUCCUUCAGUCCUCCGAUUACAUUUCACUAGAGUUCCUCAAGAGAUUGCUGUAUAUUCAUGGGACCUUUUUUUAAAAAGAAGCAAAACAAAAGAUUGCUUUUUUUCUAUGUGAUUACUAUCUUACUUGAUCUGCUUUUCCUAAACCUCAGUGGCUUUUCCCUUAGGCAGGGUGGGAGUGGGAGGGCAACCUACUGGAUAUGACUGUUUUCAGAUACUUAAAAAAACACACACAAAAAAAACCCCACCUUUUUUGUAGAAAUGCUUAAUUUUUAAGCAGUUAGGCACUGAGAGUAGCAGAAAUCCUGCAAAGCUUUAUAGUUCUUUAGACACUCGCCUUGUUGUUUCUCUGAGUGCAAGUCUUGAUUUCAAUACUAGUGCUUUUCUCAUGCCCUGAACCCGCUGGAGAGGGGUGUUGGUAUAUUCAGGUAACAACAUUUGUUAGCACAAAUAUUUCAGACCAACAUGUAGUCCCCACCGCUACUUAUCAUUUUCAUUUCAUUUCUCUCAUUCUUCUUUAUUUUGGAAAAUCAAUCGUAUUGCUAUAGUGUGUACUUUAAUCUGCCAGCAAACACCAUCUACACUAACCUUUGUCCCAUAAGCACCCUCAAGAGGAGAAGUUGUUGCACCUUAUGUAUAUCUCAAGCAAACCAAAAUACGAUGCUCUUCUGCUCUGUUGUAUUCUAAAUUGUUGUAUCAUAUCUUUCUGAAACCAUUCUGAAUUUAGUUGAAAUUAUCAGUAUUUAUACUUUUAACCUUAAUUUCUGGAUUCAAACCUGUAUAUAAAUAUUUUGAAAAAAA